AUGACGAUCACCAAGCGCGUGCAGAAGGAGCUGGUGCAGGCCGUGCCGCCCGCCGAUUCGCAGCUGCUCAAGACGCUGCGCAAGAGCUCGCGCGCUCAGCGAGCGGCGGCGGCGCACAAGACGCGCACCGCCGCCGAGAAGAACAAGGGCAAGGCCUGGACGCGCGAGGAGCACGAGCGCUUCCUCGUGGCGCUGGACGUGUUCCCGUCGGGGCCGUGGAAGGCCAUCGCCGACUACGUAGGCACCAAGGACUCGCGCCAGACCAUGACGCACGCGCAAAAGUACCGCCAGAAGCACGAGCGCCAGCAGCGCGGGCUGCGCAAUAAGACCAAGGCCAAGAAGACC